AUGUCAAUCCAGGAGGACAAUGUGACCACAGGGGAUCAAGUGAAUCUUCUGAAACGAAAUUCAGAUGAUGUGGGAUGGGAAUAUGGGGUUCUAGUUGAUGCCAAGAACAAGGACAAGGUGAGGUGCAAAUUUUGUAAUCAUCAGAGCCAACGAGGGAUUCAUCGGUUGAAGGAACAUGUGGCCAAUGUUGGUAAAAAUGCAAAGAAAUGUAGAAAGAGCACACAAGAAGCUAAAGACAAGUGCCUAAAAUCACUAGAGGAUGCAAAAAGGAAGAGGGAGGAAAGGACUGUCUGUGAGCUAGAGCUUAGAGAAGCAGUGGAGGUUUCUCGGGUUGGAGGAGGGGAUGAUGAAGUAGUUUGUGUCGGAAGCUCACAGUCACAGCCUAAGAAAUUAGGACCUAUUGAUAAGUGGACACGCUCUAUUGAUCCUAAAUCAUCAACAGCUGAAUCUUUCAAGCAACAACAGUUGAAUAAGGAACUUUGGAAAGAAAGGACACGUGAGGUGCAUAAAUAUAUUGCAAGAUGGGUCUAUACACAUGCCAUACCAUUUUAUGCUUGUGACAAUGAUGAGUUCAAACAAAUGUGUGAGGCAAUUGGUCAGUUUGGUGCUGGAUUUGAACCUCCUUCUCAGCGUGAUCUACGAGAGAGUUUGCUAGAUGAAGAAUAUGCAAGAACCAAGAGUUUGCUACAAGAACGUGAAGCUGAAAAGACGAAGAGUGGGUGCUCUAUCAUGACCGAUGCUUGGUCAGAUAGGAAGAGGAGAAGCAUAAUGAACUUGUGCUCAAAUUGUGUGGAUGGAUCAAGUUUCAUCAGCUCGAAGGAGAUGUCAGAUGUGUCACACACAAGUGAAGUCAUUUUUGAACUAGUGGACAAAGCAAUUGAAGAAAAUGGUCCAGGUGAUGUAGUUCAAGUAGUGACAGAUAAUGCUUCUAAUAAUAUGGGAGAAAAGAAACUUUUGCUUGAGAAGAGACCACGCAUCUUUUGGACCUCUUGUGCAACUCAAACUAUCAACCUGAUGCUCCAAGGAGUUGGCAAUAUCUCAAGGUUCAAGAAGGUAAUUGACCGAGCAAAGGCAUUCACCAUAUUCAUCUAUGGGCACACAAGAACAUUGGACUGCAUGAGACACUUCACGGAAGGAAGAGAGAUCAUAAGGCCAGGAGUCACUAGGUUUGCUUCAGCCUUUCUCACUUUGGGAAGCAUUCUAGAGAAGAAGGAUCAGCUAAAAAAUAUGGUGAUUAGUAGUAGGUGGGAGUCAAUUAGAGAGUGCCAAUCAAAGAAAGGAAAGAAUGCAUACGCAACUAUCAUGCAUCCAAACUUCUGGAAAGAUGUAAAGAUGUGUUUGAAUGUUUUUGAGCCAUUGGUCAAAGUUUUGCGUUUGGUUGAUGGGGAUGUGAAGCCAUCCAUGGGUUUCCUGUUUGGAGAACUAAUCAAGGCAAAGAGAGAGAUCAAGCAGGCAUAUGGCAAUGAUGAGUCCUGCUACAAGGAUGUCAUUGCUAUUGUUGACAAGAAAAUGAAUGGGCGACUUGAUUCUCCAUUGCAUUUGGCUGCAUACUUACUGAAUCCAUACUACAGCUAUGCAAAUCAAUCAAUAUUUGAUGAUGGCACAGUAACUGUAGGCUUUAUCAACUGUGUGGAGACCUUUUAUAACGAUGAUGAUGAGAUGCAAGAUCAGGCUGUAAAUGUUGAAUUAAAAAAAUUUCAGAGUAGAGAAGGGAACUUUAGUAAGAAGCUUGCAAAGACUUGUCAGAACUUUGACUAUAAUCCAGCAUCUUGGUGGAGACUGUAUGGAACUGAUACACCAACUUUACAAAAGAUGGCUAUAAGGAUCCUUUCAUUGACAUCAAGCUCAUCUGCUUGUGAAAGAAAUUGGAUCACAUUCGAAGCGAUACACACUAAGAGGAGAAAUAGGCUUACUACAGCCCGCCUCAACAAAUUAGUUUUCAUACAAUUCAACUCCAAGAUGAUGAGUAAGAGACAGAAGAUUAAGUCCAAGAAAAUUAGUGAUGUUCUCCUAUCUACUGAUUCUUCUGAAGCUCAAGGUUUUCUGUAUGUGGAUGGAGAUGAUUGUGCCGCAAAUGUCUAUAGGGAUGAGGAUGAGGAGGAUGUGAUGCCCAGUACUGGGAUACAGUGGUCUGUUAUCUCAGAUGCAAUGGGAGCAGAAGAACAACUUGAGCUACGUAAAAGUGCAAGAAUAAGACAUAUUUACGAAGGAGAGGAAUUUGAGUCUGAAGUAGAGGAGUUUGAGGAAGAUGUUGAUGAAGAAAUGGAUGACUACUGA